AUGGCUCUAUCUGGUUCACAAAAAAAGCUGCUCAUACUCGUCGUGGCCAUUGCAUGUCUCUCCUCAUCUGGCGCAGAGGCGUGGAGCUGGAGUUGGAGUUACGGGUCGGGUUGGGGUUGGGGAUCUGACGGGUCAAGUACCUCUAGCUCAGGUACUGGUUCAGACUCUGACGGUUCAAGUUGGAGUUGGGGAUCCGAUGAUAACUCCGGCUCGGGUUUGGGUUCAAACUCUAAUAAUGGCUCUGGUUGGGGUUGGGGCACGGGAUCAAACCGUGGUUCUGGCUCGGGUUCAAGUACCAACCCUGAUGGUUCAAGAAGGAGUUGGAACUGGAGUCUUAAGUCAGGCUGGAGUUGGAGUUGGGGCUCAAACGAUAACGACUCAAACAGUUCCGGUUCGGAUUCGGGCUCGGGUUUGGACCGUGAAACACCAAAAAAGAUCAUAGUGGGAGGAUCAGACGGAUGGAAAAAAGGGUUAGAUUACAAAGAUUGGGCUUCUAAGAAUGCUCCUUUCUACGUCAAUGAUGUUCUUGUUUUCAAGUACGACAAAUCUGCUAAGAGAAGGAAUAAUGUAUAUUUGUUCAAAGACCGAUGGAGUUACAUGAACUGCGACAUUAAAAAUGCGAGGAAGAUUGGUUCAACGAGAAAAGGAUCAGAAGAAAGUUUCAACUUCACACUUAAGAAAAUACAGCCUUACUUCUUUGCCUCGGGGGAGCAUGAUGGUGAUUAUUGUCGUAACCAUAACAUGAAGUUCACUAUCUUCCCAGUCCUCACCGUUCUGAUUAAAUCCUAUCAUGUAUUCAUGUUAGGGUUUUUGUUUGUUUUGUUUUGUUUUGGAUAUGAGAUAUUUGAGUUUGAUCAUGAUUUGGUGCAUGAUUGGUUGGGCUUUAAGUCUGACUUACAGCCUUAA